AUGAAGAUCUUUCUGGGGCUCUCUGUCAUUUGCUGCCUUGUGGUUCCAAGAGACACUGUUGUUGUGGGGCGCUGCAAAGUGGCUCAGAAGCUUCUCACUGGAGGCAUGGAUUAUUUUGAGGGGUACAGCCUUCAGAAUUGGGUGUGCCUGGCCUAUUUUGAGAGCAAGUUCAACCCCACAGCAAUCUACGACAACCUGCGUGGUGGCUACAUAGGCUUUGGCCUGUUUCAGAUGCGCAAUAAUGAUUGGUGUGAUCAUGGCAGGAAUCUCUGUCACACAUCAUGCUCUGCUUUACUGAAUCCAGAUUUAAAGAAGACAAUUGACUGUGCCAAGACAAUUGUAAAAGGAAGAGAUGGGAUGGGAGCCUGGCCCUCCUGGACCCUGAACUGCCAGAACUCUGACACUUUGGAUCGGUGGUUGGAUGGGUGUCGUCUCAAGUGGCCCUCCAAGAACAUGCUCAUUGCUUCUUCCAAAUGA